AUGAGCGCCAAGAUAACGGUAACGUACAAGAGGAAGCGCGGCGCAUCCAAGGCCCGGGCAGCUGACGGCGUGGUUCCCGAGCCUUCUCCCGCUUCUGGUGGCGGGGUUGCCGGCGGUGAAGCUUCGAAACAUGAGUCUACCUCCACAAAGCAACAUGAUGCCCUCAAGUCGGUGCAACAGAGCGCUGAAAAAGAAACAGCUGAGCCAUGUGCGCAUCCAUUAGAGAAAGAACAAGAGGAAAUUCAGUUAAGUGAAUCAUUGCCACAGACAGAGCUACCUGAGAUUUGUUGUGCCACCAGUCUUCCAAUAGCCGAGGCAUCCAAUGAUAAAUUACAAUGCAGUAAUGAUGCAUUUAAUCCAAUUCCUUCGCGGAGUUAUGCAUGCGAUCUUAGGCAUGAUGACGGGACAAAUAACCAGGCAGAAGAUUCUAAUAACUCUGCCCCUGCAAGAAUAAGUUAUCAUCAAGCGCCAGAUGAUACGGCCAGACAUAGUCAGUGUAAGGACAGAUUUAGUCCUCUGCUCACCUUCCGUAGGCGUGUCAAAAGGAAAAUUAAUUUGGAUGAAUCAGCAAAGGAAGAUUAUUCAAAAGAUGAUGGAAAAAGGUGCUCAACACUGACAUGCAGCCCACCAAGUUUCUUAGUUAGUGAUGCACCCUUGCUCAAAGAAACCGGUGGCAACUCUUUGGAUACUGCAUAUAAGGAGGUCACGGGUUCGAGUCGUGGAAACAGCCUCUUGCAAAAAAUGCAAGGAAAGGCUGCGUACAGAGACCCCAAGAUGACUAUAACAGGAACAAGUACUGGACUAAAGGUACCAUCUCAAGGCUUACUUGAACAAAAAAGUUCAUACAUGCAGCAUACCGUUUCCCAACAGAAUGCUGAAGAUGUAAACCAAAGCUUAACUUCAGAACGUAAUGGUACAUUAGUGUCAGAAUUUACUAGUGUGCCAGAGAUCAGUAAGCAAGAUGUAAGAGCAGAGGACUUGAGAAAAACUCUACAUCAUGUUACUGAAGCACCAGAUGUUGUUGAAAUGAAGGAGUUACAUGAUGGUCCUCUAGAAUCUGAAGGUUCAACAAAACAUAUUCCAGUCAUUGUCUUGGACGGUGAUAAUGAUGAGAGGGGUAAACUGCAGGAAAAUCCAAAGGUUUCUGAUCAAGUGGUCCAGGAGAAUAAGAAAGGCGAAUUUACUUCAGGGAAGAUCAACCUGAAUUGUGUUGAAUCACCUGAAGAAAGUCCUCUCGAUCUGAAUGACUCAUCAGUUCAAAGGAAUCAGGAUCAUUUUGCUACUGAACAGAAACACGUUUCUCAACCAAUUGAAAGGUUGUUCUUUACAAAGGAGAAAGAUACCAUCCAUGCUAAAGAGAAACAUCAAGAGGGAACCUCAACAUUGCAUACCCUGUAUUCAAACUUUUUUGAUCCAACUCCGUCACGGAAAGCUGGAAGUUCCAAGGAACCAAAGAACAUGCCUUCAGAACUGAAAUUCAGAAUAAUGGAUAAGGUUCCUGAGUUCAGUUUAGAUCUCAGCUUGGAUGGUUUCCAGGACAGCGGCAUGUCUACCCUGGGGCACAGCAAGCUGUUUCAUGGAGGCAAGUCUAGUGGAUCACAUUUACUGACCGAAAGACUCGGUACAUACUCCUACAAAAGACGCCAGGCUCCCUGGUCGGAAGAAGAGUUAGAUUUUCUAUGGAUUGGAGUGAGAAGGUAUGGAACGAAUAACUGGAAUGCAAUGAUGAGGGAUACACGACUACAAUUCUCAAGCUCGAGAGUGCCCGAGGAUCUUGCUAAGCAAUGGGACAAGGAGCAAAAGAAGCUUCUAGGUGUAGAUCUACAUCAAUCAAUUAGAACAUCUGCUCUAGGAUCUGCACCACCUCUGCAUAUAGCGGAAGAUUAUGUUGGGAACAGUUCAUGCUCUGGAUGCUCAAAGUCUCCAUUUCUUGCAGCCCAAACGAACCUUUCCAUGGGUGAUGUGUACCUUCGGAAUGCUCGUGCUUCAGAUAGAGGCCAGCAUCAUUUAUCAAAUCUGGGCAGAUACAACCUUCAUGGAAUUGAUAACGGGCUGAGGAAUUCGUCUCUGGGAAGCUUCCCUGUGGGUUCUUCCUCACACGGAAAAAGUGGCACCAGGCGUAGGAAGACAUCGAAGCUCCACAAGUCGUACUAUGACAACAGGUCACACUGGUGCCAAGAAGUACCCGACAGAAUGUCUCAGGUCUUUCCCAUGAACCAACAGCCAAUCAACAGCCUUCCUCAGUGGCUUACGAAGGAUGCCAAGACCAGUACAAGCUGGCUUAACCCGGAGAUGUGGCCGAACACCCAAGCGCCAUGUCAUUCCGCGGCUGAUUCGCUGAAUGAUAGCCUGAGAGCUGCUGCAUUUCUGUUCCCUGACGAAAAGAAACCGCAUGUCAUGCCUGAUGCACCCUUGAAGCGCACUCUGAAGAGGAAAGUGGAGUUGCACAGUCUGGACAAGAAGGUUUUCCAGACCGGCGGUGACACCAUGGAUCUGAACCAGAGGGCCGCUGCUAUGGCAGCAGGGCUGAACGGUGCUACUGCGAGCAACACAGGUGCUUCGUCUGAAGAGACGCUAUCAGACAGCUGAACCAAACAUUCCUUGUGCACUAAUUUCACAUAAUCAAUUUAACGAGUAAAGUUUCAUGUAUUGGACGCAAAGCGCUCAUGUAUAUUGAAACACAUGUUUGUGUAUUUUU